AUGACCAAUUCCAAGCUUCUCCUCACUUUCUUUCAGUUUACGCUUGUUCUGUCCGUGUUAGGGUUGGCUUAUACGUGUAGCCUAACACUUGAUUAUUACAAAACAUCAUGCCCGUCUGCCAAGUACAUAGCCAAAGCCAUAACCAAAAAAUAUAUUUCCCGGGAUCCGACUCUUGCAGCUUCAUUGUUAAGAUUGCACUUCCAUGAUUGCUUUGUCCGGGGAUGCGAUGGUUCCGUGCUAUUAAACUCCACCAAGAACAACACAGCUGAGAGAGAGCAUACCCCAACCUUAGCCUUAGAGGUUUUCAAGUCAUUGAUUUCUGUGAAAAAAGCAUUAGAAAAAAAAUGUCCCGGUGUAGUUUCCUGUGCUGACCUCCUAGCCCUAGUAGCUCGUGAUGCCGUUUUGCAGAUCGGUGGACCCUCUUGGCCAGUCCCCUUGGGACGCAGAGAUGGGAGAGUGUCAAUUGCUUCAGAGGCCAAUGAUAAUCUGCCAUCUUUGAUUUCAACAUAA